UUACCCUAAUUUUUCUUAAUAUAGAACACGACGCUAGUCGGUAGACUGCGUCUGAGAAUCGCACUGCCCACCGCGCCACCGCUGCUUACCUUGGACUUCGUGAAAAUGGGGCCAGUCGGCGUCCAUACAACCAGCACAACUACGGCUUCGUCCUCGCUCAUGACGGAUUUCCUCCGGCAGUCCGGCGGCGUGGCCGUGAUCGACGGCGGCCUCGCUACGGAGCUGGAACGUCAUGGUGCGGACCUCAAUGACCCUCUCUGGAGUGCCAAAUGCCUUCUCGAUUCCCCACACCUCAUCCGCGCGGUACACCUGGACUACCUUGAAGCUGGUGCAGGUGUAAUAAUCACUGCAUCCUAUCAGGGAACCAUUCAGGGGUUCAAGGCCAAAGGUUUUUCCCAGGAAGAGAGUGAAGCCUUGCUUAGAAAAAGUGUUCAAAUAGCAUGUGAAGCACGGAGUUUAUACUAUGAAAAACUCCAAAAAAUUUCUUCUGAUUAUACUACUGACGGAAAGGUUCUUAAGCAUCGGCCCAUAUUAGUUGCAGCAUCUGUUGGGAGUUAUGGGGCUUAUUUAGCUGAUGGUUCUGAAUACAGUGGGGACUAUGGAGAUGUAAUGAAUCUGGAGUUUCUAAAAGAUUUUCACAGAAGAAGGGUUCAGGUUCUUGCAGAUGCUGGUGCUGAUAUAAUGGCUUUUGAAACUGUGCCAAAUAAGAUUGAAGCUCAGGCUUUUGUCCAGCUACUUGAGGAAGAGGACAUACAAAUUCCUGCGUGGUUGUCCUUCAAUUCUAAGGAUGGUGUCAAUGUAGUCAGUGGUGAUUCUUUAUCAGAAUGUGCCGCGAUUGCUGAAUCAUGCAAGAAGGUUGUUGCUGUGGGAAUAAAUUGCACCCCUCCUAGAUUCAUAUCAGAUCUAAUCUUGUCCAUAAAAAAGGUUACAACCAAACCAAUUCUUAUAUAUCCAAACAGUGGCGAGACUUACGAUGCUUAUAAAAAGGAGUGGGUACAAAAUACAGGGGUGUCCAAUGAAGGUUUUGUUUCCUAUGUGAACAAAUGGUGUGAGGUUGGAGCAUCACUUGUUGGAGGGUGCUGCAGAACUACUCCCGAAACUAUUAGAGCAAUAUGCAGUGCCCUCUCGAAUGAAAAAGUGGCCACAUCCUGAGCUGUGUUUUUGCCUGUAGCAUUGAGUUCUAUCUGACUCGUAAAAGUUGCUUGGUGAGAGUUGUUCACAGGGGGCGUAAAGCAUAUAUAUAUGUUCUAAUAUGCUAUUCUGGGGAGAGAAUAACUUCACGGAUUUGGUAAACCUUGGCCAAGGUGAUGGAACACUUCUUUUUUAUAGCAUCAUAUCGAAUGUGUUUAACGCGUGGAUGCAAAGGGGUGUUGAGACUUUAGCAGGCAGCAUGUUUUGGUCUUAGAAUGGGUUAAAAAUAAAAUGACUAUUGAAUGAAGCCAGUAAUGAGAGGUUUUUACUUUUUAGUAGAAGUUUCAAGUUACCAGCUUCCUAGUCCUAAAUAUAUGUUGCAGCUUCAGCUUGGUACUUCUUGUGUAACUCUUUCUGUAAAUGGCCUUAAAAGGCCAUUGUUAUACCAUAGACUGGGUUCAUAUUG